CCCCGAGGAGGCCGGGCCCGGGGACGGGGCCGCCGACCGCCGCAGGAAGCUGGACGCGCUGCUCCGGGACCCGCGCUCGCCCAUCAACGUGGACAGCCUGCUGGAUGGCUUAAAUUCGUUGGUCCUUGAUUUGGAUUUUCCCGCCUUGAGAAAAAAUAAGAAUAUAGAUAAUUUCUUAAACAGAUAUGAGAAAGUUGUGAAAAAAGUCCGAGGCCUGCAGAUGAAGGCAGAAGACUAUGAUGUCGUGAAAGUCAUCGGGAGAGGAGCUUUCGGUGAAGUGCAGUUGGUUCGUCACAAGGCAUCACAGAAUGUCUAUGCUAUGAAGCUGCUUAGUAAGUUUGAAAUGAUCAAAAGAUCAGAUGCUGCUUUUUUCUGGGAAGAAAGAGACAUUAUGGCCUUUGCCAAUAGUCCCUGGGUGGUUGAGCUCUUUUGUGCCUUCCAGGAUGACAGGUAUCUGUACAUGGUCAUGGAAUAUAUGCCCGGUGGGGACCUUGUAAACCUGAUGAGCAACUAUGACGUGCCCGAGAAGUGGGCUAAGUUCUACACUGCAGAAGUGGUUCUGGCUCUGGAUGUGAUUCACUCCAUGGGCUUGAUCCACAGGGAUGUGAAGCCCGACAACAUGCUGCUGGACAGGCACGGGCACCUGAAGCUGGCAGACUUUGGCACCUGUAUGAAGAUGGAUGAGACAGGCAUGGUGCACUGUGAUACAGCGGUCGGAACCCCAGACUACAUAUCGCCCGAGGUUCUGAAGUCGCAAGGGGGCGACGGUUAUUACGGGCGAGAGUGUGACUGGUGGUCUGUAGGGGUUUUCCUUUUUGAAAUGCUAGUGGGAGAUACUCCAUUCUAUGCAGAUUCACUUGUAGGGACUUACAGCAAAAUUAUGGAUCAUAAAAAUUCACUGUCUAUCCCCGAAGAUGCAGAAAUUUCUAAACAUGCAAAGAAUCUCAUCUGUGCCUUCUUAACAGAAAGGGAGGUACGCCUUGGGAGAAAUGGGGUAGAAGAAAUCAAACUGCACCCUUUCUUUAAGAAUGAUCAAUGGAAUUGGGAUAACAUAAGAGAGACGGCAGCUCCGGUGGUGCCUGAGCUCAGCAGUGACAUAGACAGCAGCAACUUCGAUGACAUCGAAGAUGAUAAAGGAGAUGUUGAAACCUUCCCAAUUCCUAAAGCUUUUGUGGGAAAUCAGCUGCCCUUUAUAGGAUUUACCUACUAUAGAGACAAUUUGUUGUUAAGCAACUCCCCACCUUGCAGAGAAAGUGAUCCAGUACAGUCAAGGAAGAACGAAGAAAGUCAAGAGAUUCAGAAAAAACUAUAUACCUUAGAAGAACAUCUUAACAAUGAGCUACAAGCCAAAGAGGAGCUAGAGCAAAAGUGCAAAUCUAUUAAUACUCGCCUAGAGAAAACAGCAAAGGAGCUCGAAGAAGAGAUUACCUUGAGGAAAAGUGUGGAGUCAGCAUUAAGACAAAUGGAAAGAGAGAAGGCACUGCUUCAGCACAAAAAUGCAGAGCAUCAGAGGAGAGCUGACUACGAAGCAGAUAAGAAACGGAACUUGGAAAAUGAUGUUAACAGCUUAAAAGAUCAACUUGAAGAUUUGAAAAAAAGAAAUCAGAACUCUCAAAUAUCUACUGAGAAAAUGAACCAGCUGCAGAGACAGCUAGAGGAAACGAGUGCUUUGCUGCGAACAGAAUCUGAUACUGCAGCCCGGUUGAGAAAGACUCAAGCAGAAAGUUCCAAACAGAUUCAGCAGCUGGAAUCCAACAACAGAGACCUGCAAGAUAAAAACUGCCUGCUAGAGACUGCCAGGUUAAAACUGGAAAAGGAGUUUAUCAAUCUUCAGUCUGCUCUAGAGUCAGAAAGGAGGGACCGGACCCACGGAUCAGAGAUCAUUAGUGACUUACAAGGUAGGCUAUCUGGCCUAGAAGAAGAUUUAAAGAAUGGCAAACUCUUGCUAACAAAAGUAGAACUGGAGAAGAGACAACUUCAGGAGAAGCUUACUGAUUUGGAAAAGGAAAAGAGCAACAUGGAAAUAGACAUGACAUACCAGCUCAAAGUCAUCCAGCAGAGCUUCGAGCAGGAGGAGGCUGAGCACAAGGCCACAAAAGCACGGCUCGCAGACAAAAAUAAGAUCUAUGAAUCCAUUGAGGAAGCUAAAUCAGAAGCCAUGAAAGAGAUGGAGAAGAAGCUGUGGGAAGAAAGGGCUUUGAAGCAGAAAGUGGAGAACCUACUGCUGGAGUCGGAGAAGAGGUGCUCCAUGCUGGACUGCGACCUGAAGCAGUCACAGCAGAAGCUGAGUGAGCUCCUCACACAGAAGGAGGUGCUCAGCGAGGAUGUGAGAAACUUGACGCUGAAGAUCGAGCAGGAAACUCAGAAGCGAUGCCUCACGCAGAAUGACCUGAAGAUGCAGACACAGCAGGUGAACACGCUGAGGAUGUCGGAGAAGCAGCUCAAGCAGGAGAACAACCACCUGGUGGAAAUGAAGCUGAGCCUGGAGAAGCAGAACACCGAGCUGCGAAAAGAGCGGCAGGAUGCAGAUGGGCAGAUGAAGGAACUGCAGGAUCAGCUUGAAGCAGAGCAGUAUUUCUCCACCCUCUACAAAACCCAAGUUAGGGAACUUAAAGAAGAAUGCGAAGAAAAGACCAAGCUUUGUAAAGAAUUACAGCAGAAAAAGCAGGAGUUCCAGGAUGAAAGGGACUCGUUGGCUGCCCAGCUGGAGAUCACUUUGACCAAGGCAGACUCUGAGCAGCUGGCUCGCUCCAUUGCUGAAGAGCAGUAUUCUGAUCUGGAGAAGGAGAAAAUCAUGAAGGAGCUGGAGAUCAAGGAGAUGAUGGCCAGGCACAAACAGGAGCUCACAGAAAAGGACGCCACCAUUGCGUCGCUUGAAGAAACGAACAGGACACUAACCAGUGAUGUUGCCAAUCUCGCCAAUGAGAAAGAAGAAUUAAAUAACAAACUGAAAGAUGCUCAGGAGCAACUAUCAAGGUUGAAAGAGGAGGAGAUAAGUGCCACAGCUAUUAAAGCCCAGUUCGAAAAGCAGCUGCUGACAGAGAGAACGCUUAAGACUCAAGCUGUGAAUAAGUUGGCUGAGAUCAUGAAUCGAAAAGAACCUAUCAAGCGUGGCAGUGACACAGAUGUGCGAAGAAAAGAAAAGGAGAAUAGAAAGCUGCACAUGGAGCUUAAGUCUGAGCGUGAAAAACUGACCCAGCAGAUGAUCAAGUACCAGAAGGAACUGAACGAAAUGCAGGCCCAAAUAGCUGAGGAGAGCCAGAUUCGAAUUGAACUGCAGAUGACACUGGACAGCAAGGACAGUGACAUUGAGCAGCUGCGGUCACAGCUGCAGGCCCUCCACAUUGGCCUGGACAGUUCCAGUAUCGGCAGCGGCCCAGGGGACGCGGAGGCCGAGGAUGGGUUUCCAGUUCGCAUCACCCAGUCCCACACUGUGGAGUCCAUGUCCUUCUCCUUCCGGCGCUCCUCCACUUCUCUCAGCAUGGCCUCUGGGCCUUCCGGGUCCCACGCGCUCCUUGACACAGACUUGGACUCAGACUCGGAAGAGGUUUUGCCUUACUGGCCCAUUGCCUCGGAGCCCAGUGGUACAGAGUCAAGAUUAGAAGGAUGGCUUUCGUUACCUGUGCGAAACAACACCAAGAAAUUCGGAUGGGUUAAGAAGUAUGUGAUUGUAAGCAGUAAGAAGAUUCUUUUCUACGACAGUGAACAAGAUAAAGAGCAUUCUAACCCUUACAUGGUUUUAGAUAUAGACAAGUUGUUUCAUGUCCGACCAGUUACUCAGACGGAUGUCUAUAGAGCAGAUGCUAAAGAAAUUCCAAGGAUAUUCCAGAUCCUGUAUGCCAAUGAAGGAGAAAGCAAGAAGGAACAGGAGUUUCCGGUGGAGCCAGUGGGAGAGAAAUCAAAUUAUAUCUGCCACAAAGGGCACGAAUUUAUCCCCACCCUGUACCACUUCCCAACCAACUGCGAGGCCUGCAUGAAGCCACUGUGGCACAUGUUCAAGCCCCCUCCUGCUCUAGAGUGCCGCCGCUGCCACAUCAAAUGUCACAAAGACCACUUGGACAGGAAGGAGGAGAUCGUCGCACCAUGCAAAGUGUACUACGACAUCUCCACGGCCAAGAACCUACUGCUCCUGGCCAACUCCACAGAGGAGCAGCAGAAGUGGGUGAGCCGCUUGGUGAAGAAGAUCCCCAAGAAGCCCCCUGCUCCUGACCCCUUUGCGCGCUCCUCGCCCCGCACCUCCAUGAAGAUCCCGCAGAACCAGUCCCUGCGGCGGCCCAGCCGGCAGCUUGCACCCAACAAGCCCAGAUUGCUUGACUUGGCAUUUAAGGACUUGGAUUGGUCCUUUGAUGAUGUUGAUGGUGAUGAUGAUGAUGACGAUGUUUUUGAUUUCUGAAGAAAGAGAUGGGCUAAUUGCCUUCUAUGAAAGCAGUCAUCCAAGGCAACGGUGUUCUUCCAGGUAAAACAAGACUGAAAUGUGAUGGCCUGGAACUUAGUAAAAAGCUGUAUUUUCCCGAGGGACACAGACACACACACACACACACACACACACAGACACACACAUACACCACACCCCUUUUUCCUGUGAUAUAAGUUACAGAUCUCAAAGCAGUUUCUGAGCUCCUUUUGGAACAAGUGGAGAGGGCGCUGACGGGCUCCUGGAGCAGGGCGCCACCCGCAGCUCUUCCUCACUUGCUCUAUGACGCUCCCUCGCGUCGCUCACACUACAUUGCACUUGCGUGGAGGGGAGCUCAAGCGCAGGAAGGCAUCUCUCACGUCCAGAAGUGACCUCAGCAGCACACUGGGCGGAAGGGUCUGGGCGUGGACCGCACUACAGUGACGCUGUACCCUCUGUGAGUGACGGCGAGAUACUGUCCUCCGGGAGAGCUGGGACGUGGCAAGAGGGUCUGUAGACUCCUGGGUCACUUCUCCAUCCGCUGCUCUGAUCCCACACUUGAGUUCUCGCUGUGACUGUGGAAAGCCAUGGCGCCAGAGUUGCUCUCCUCACGCACCAGUAGAAGCUGCAUGCGCGUGCUAAGCAUCGCUGUAACCAGAGCUUGGCCUCUUCUGUCUCAUGUUUCAUGAUAGGCCACUUUACCCACUUUGGAUGCCUUAAUUUAAUUUCUUUUCCAAGUUUCAACCCUUUUCUGUAUUUAAGAAAAAAAGUACAAGUGUUUACCAGCUCUUAGGGUGCAAACUGGCAUUGUGGAUGAAAACUUGUGUACAUGGUAAAUCAGUGUCAGCCUGUUUUGAUGGUGUAACACGGUGUUUUUCAUGGAUUGUCUUAGAAACAGUACAACAGGUGUGGGGACUGCCCCCAUGUCUGCCUGGUCCCCCCCAGCCUCGUGCCGGCUCCGUACCAGCCCUGAUUGUGCAGUGUCUGCUCUGCUUGAAUUUGCCCACUGCCCUGCCUGUGUUUUUAUUUCUGGUAAAGACAUAUAUGUCUAUUUUUACAUUUUCACACUCAAGAUUCAAAACUUGUAUCAAAUAUAAAGAAAAACAAGGUAUACUGUAGAUAUAUUUUAAAUAUUUAAAUGUGAUCCUCAAACACACAACUGUGUAUGGCAAUAUUUCAGUAUUGGGUCAGGGAACUUGGGAGAAGCUGCCCAGGGGCACUGGCCUUGACUUUUACCUUUCAAAUGUGGCUAGGGGGUUCCUGCAGGACAGCCAGAUAGGUCUGACUCGUGCCACAUGGGGCCGCAGUGACCAGUGUCGGGGUGGAACGUCACGCAGGCUUGCCUCAGCGCACCGUGUCCAUGCGGAGCCAGGUCUGCUGCUGAGCCGCAGCCCCAGUGUUUCAGUGGAGGAGAGAGGAGGUGCUUCAUGCGGCUGAGCUCACACCCCACGCUGAUGCCACUGUGGGCAGCAGCACUGCCCGGCCCUCCCAGGGCCAGUGCGUCCUCUUGGGGACAUGGCCCUGCACAGGGCCAGCACAGUGGGCUGGCUUUUUUUUUUUUUUAAGUAAGAUUAAAAAAUGAAAAAUAUAUAAAAUUUAUAUAGAAGAGAUGUUUCCAUUCAUUAGAGUUGUUUAAAAGGAGACUGAAUUAAUAUUUUAUAUAAAGAUUUUGUUACACUAUGGGAGGUUAUAUCCUAUUAUUCUGAAUUGGAGAGUAUAUAUAUAUAUAUAUAUAUUUUUAAUAAACUUUAUUAAGGUGAAAUAAUUUCAAGUUUACACAUAAUUGAAGUAUUUGAGUAAAACAGGCAAAAGUUUAAAUUUUGAAUGAUAUAUUGAUAUCUAUAUAUAUCUACAGCUAUAUAUAUAGAUAUAUAGCUGUAGAUAUAUAUGAAGGAGAAUCGCGGUGUGAUACAACUGUACAAGGAAAACUAAUGUGAAGGGUGAGGGAAAGACACUGAGGGGUGAGGACGCUCCGCACACGGUCUGACGGAAGGUCACAGGGGUCUGUCCACUGCGGGAGCGCUGACAGAGUCCCGACCCGAGCCAGCGCUGCCCCCUGCCCCCCAAUAUGAAGCAGCCCACUUUCGUGCCAGUUUUCUUCCUUAGGCCCCGAGACUUCAAAACAGAUAUUUAUAAGACCAAUGUUUAUACUCCCACACCUGAUUCUCCAAGCCAUGAAUACCUCCUGUUGGAACUCAGAAAUAGUGAAUCCUGGGGUUUUCUCGGUUGGCUUUUUACUUUCGUGGGGAUAGCAAGACAGAAGGAGAAGGAAAACUAGUGCCGGUAUUACUGUUGAAAGUUAAUGUAUAAUGAAUUUUUAAAGUAUUUUUUAAAACAUGCUGUCUAGAAGCAAGAUGUUUUUUAAGAAAAUAAAAUUUAUCUGAAAGUUUAAAAUGCUCUAAUGGAUCGCUGUGCUGAUGACCCUAAGUUAAAGGUUAGUGCUCUAAACUAACCUGUGCUGGUUUUGCAUGAACCUGGCCUUGAAAGACCUACGUGGUAUCGGUUUAUCUCUAGACCCUAAGCAGAAACACUCCAGCUUGCCAAACUAUAGUAGAAGGAGUUCUGCUGCCCUCCUUAACCUUCUGAUGGGAUUCAGAGGGUGAGAGAAACCCAGGCCCUCGAAGCCUCCUGGGAGAUGCUGUGAGUUUCCUGUCUCCACCAGGCGCGAGCAGGAGCAAGAGCGAGGCAGUCGGGGUUUCCUGGCCUAGACGCCACUGCUGAUGGCAGCGAGGGCAUCCCCAGCGCUGGUCCCAUCAGACCUAAAGCACUUUGAAGGAGGGACUGUGUGACAGUGCUGGCUGCGUGCCCAGCGCCUGGUCUUGACCCUGUCCCCAACCUUUUAUUUGGAAUUGUGUAAGUUACAAACUGCAUGGUUGAGAUCAUUAGUAUUUGAUCAGCUGUCCCCCAAACAAAAAUCACCCUACAUUGAUUUUUCUUUUUUUAAAAUUUCAUUGCAUCUUUGUAGUAAUGUAAUUGUAUUUUAUGCCUGCUUUUUAUACAAAAAGUUCAAUAAAAGAAAUUAAGAUAUAAA